AUGACAAGAGCUAAACCAUUCAGUGGUAAACAAAAGAAAGAUCAACUAAAGUUGAAGAAGGAGAGGAAGAGGAUAGAGUCAUCGAUAGAGGCUGAUGACUUGGAUGGCAAAUUAUCAUUGACCGACAAGAGAAGAAUGGCCAGGGAGAUAAUGAGUAGCGACAAGCAAAGUAGCCAACAACAGGGUCAGAUUAGAGCACAUGCAAACUCCCGAGUUGGUGUCUCCAGGAGUCACCAUCGUCGUGGUCCUCAUCGUCAUGGCACCAACGCCAGCAGCAGGGUUGUAGAUGAACAAAGUGAUAGUGACAGUGACAACAUCAAAGAGAGUGAUAGUGAUAUGGAUAGUGAUGAUGACAACAACAUUGAAAGUGAUAGUGAUAAUGAUAAUGAUAAUGAGAGUGUUGGUGACCAUCAACAUAAUGUAAAGCAACUUGAACAUGAACUAAGGAAACAAGACAAUCACAGGGAUACCGGAAGGAGACUAAAUUUAUUGACUAUAUUUGAAAAGGAGAGCAAGGAGGAGAUUGAGGCGAGGAAGGAGUUGGGAAGUAAACCAAUUGAUGUGUCGAUGAGGGACACACCUUGGAGUAUAAUGGAUGAACAUGUUGGUGAGACGGGAUACAUUGACAUACCAAAGAGACCGAGAUGGUCCUUUGAAAUGACCGCCGAACAAGUUAGACAACAUGAGCGCCAGAUGUUCUCCAAGUGGUUGGAUGGCAUCAUGACUAAAUAUCCACGCGAUCGUCUCAACUACUUUGAACACAACCUCGAGGUUUGGCGCCAGCUCUGGCGUGUGUCUGAGCGAUCGGACCUGGUACUCCUUAUUACCGACGCUCGUUAUCCUUUGUUCCACUUCCCGCCCGCCUUGUAUAACUAUCUCACCAAUGACUUGAAGAAACCGAUACUACUCGUGCUGAACAAGGUGGACCUGGUCGAUCCGAGGAUCGUCGAAGCCUGGAAGCAGUACUUCACGACUAAAUACCCUCAUAUCAAGGUGAUAUGCUUCAGUUCAUUCCGCGCGCUGAGAGACACAGCGUCUGCCGAUGACGACCUGGACGAGAGCCACAGCAAUGAGCGUCUGCGCAAGAUGAAGAAAGGAAGAAAGAGAUAUGAGAAUGCCGAGGGCAGGAGACAACUGAUCAACACAAUCAACUCAUAUGGAAUCCAGAAGACUGGACUUGUCGUGGAUAACAAUGUCCACAGCACUACCUCCACCUCGUCCGAAGAAUUGGACUCCGAAGACAGCAGCGAUGACAACAGUGAUAUUGAGACAAUGGAUGAGCCUAUUGUGGAGGCGGAAGAGGAGGUCGGAGACCAGAUACCCGACAAGUACAAGCCAGACGCACCAGCUGACAACAUCAUCACUGUGGGCAUGGUCGGCCAUCCCAAUGUUGGCAAGUCCAGUCUGAUCAAUGGACUGAUGGGUCGCAAGGUGGUCAGCACUUCCAGGACACCUGGCCACACCAAGCACUUCCAGACAAUAUUCCUGUCGCCAGGCAUCCAGUUGUGCGACUGUCCUGGCCUGGUGUUCCCUGCUCUAGACCGUCCAAAGCCCCUACAAAUACUCUGUGGUCUGUUCCCCAUUGCCCAGGUCAGGGAGCCAUUCUCAGCCGUCAGGUACCUGGCUGAGCGUGUACCAGUCGAGCGAGUGUACAAGCUACAACAUCCAGACAAGGUGGAUGCACCCUGGAGUCCAAUGGCCCUAUGUGAGGCGUUUGCACUCAAACGAGGAUACCUACUCGCCAAGACUGGUAGAGCGGACGUGCAUCGAGCAGGACUGGAGAUACUACGUGACUGUGUUGACGGUAAUGUCGUCAUAUCAUGGCCACCACCUGGCUUCACCAAGGAUGAGUUCAACGAGAUGAUGCAACAGAAGAGGCUGUCCGAGAUGACCAGUUCAACAACAAUGUCAACAUCAACAAUGGAUAAUGCUGAUGAAGAUGAUCAAGACGAUGAAGAUGAGGAGCAGUAUCAACAACAACAUCAACAGACAAAGAAGAAGCCACAUAGUCGUAGGAUGGACAAGAAGAAGGACGUGGUAGUGAAGGAGAAGGAGGUGCCAACAUCGACGAUGACCAAAGGCAAAGGAAAGGGCAAGAUAUCAGAAAGGGCCUUGGAGUACCAGGAGCGAUUGCGAGAGAAGCAAAUGAAGGGUGGAAACAAGCGACAGGAACUCUAG